UUUGUUGAAAUGAAUACAAACGCCGCCGUCCAUCGCAAGCGUUACCAGAGACUGUUGUUUUUCUUUUUUUCGCGCUUGCUCACGAGAGUCACAAAAGUGUCAGUUUUACAUCGUAUUCACGCAUAGUCAUCGUGUGAUUAAUCGUAUUCGAGAGAAAUCACCAAUCGAACAACGUAAAAUCUGUGAGACGCAUACAUUUUUCCAUGCCUUGCAGUUACAAGCCCGACAGUUUUAUAACUCGUGCCGUUCUGUGCACGACGUGUGUUUACUUUGGAUUGCUUAUAUUGCAGACGAUUGUUCUUACAUACGGCUCCAUUCAUCACACUUACUGAUGAAACUGUGAAGGUUUUGCUUUGCUGAAGCACGAUGUCGGAUGAUAAUAUGCCGCACAUCUCUUACGGACUUGACAGCCGUGGAAGGAUAGUGCGUAUCGAAUCGGGUAUAACAAGGGCCAACAUCAGACGUCUUCCAAGUUUAGAAGAGGCUUUAAGAAGACUUAGCACAAAUUUAAGAUCCGAUAGGCAAACAACUGACCCUAACAAUGAGAUAUCUGAUUCUCAAGCUACGGCACAAAUAGCAUCGCUGGAAGAAGAUAGUUCUCAAAAUGCGUGGGAUGACAUAACGGAUCAUGAACUAUCUGUUGAUAUUACUGAUGGAGCUUCCUCGCCAAAUCAAAUUACGUCUAGUGUGCCAUCAUUGACUCCAGAAGAAGAGCGAUAUUGUUGGGUAUGUUUUGCAACUGAUGAAGACGAUGCGACUGCAGCGUGGGUUAAACCAUGUCAUUGUCGAGGCACUACAAAAUGGGUUCAUCAGGGUUGUAUUCAGAGAUGGGUUGAUGAAAAGCAAAAGGGUCACGCUGGACAUGCUGUAGCAUGUCCACAGUGCAAUACAGAAUAUAUUAUAGUAUAUCCAAACAUGGGUCCAUUAGUGGUAGUACUCGACACGAUCGACGCAGUUAUCUUCCGAGUAUGUCCCUUUAUUGCUGCUGGUAUAGUUGUUGGAUCUAUCUAUUGGACAGCUGUGACUUAUGGUGCGGUUACUGUUAUGCAAGUGGUGGGUCAUAAGGAUGGCCUUACCAUGAUGGAACAAGCCGAUCCGUUGGUUUUAUUGGUUGGCUUGCCAACUAUUCCAAUUAUGUUAGUUUUGGGAAAAAUGCUUCGUUGGGAAGACCAAGCUCUGAGUUUUUUGAGGCGACACGCAUCCAAAGUUCCUAUUUUAAGGCAUUUUUUACCGAGCAGCUAUAAUUGUUAUAGUUACAUCGACGAAGACACAAGUAUACAAUCUGAGGAUAUACCACCAAUGAACGAUCCAGUAUCGGCAACGCGUGUUCUUUGUGGCGCACUUUUACUACCAACCAUUGCUAGUCUAUGUGGAAGAAUAUUCUUUGAAAGUAUAAGUUCCAAUUUUCAGAGAACAUUGUUGGGUGGUGCAGCUUUUAUAACAAUAAAAGGUGCGUUCAAAAUUUAUCAUAAACAACAACAAUACAAGAGACAAUGUCAGCGUCGCGUAAUGGACUAUACAGAGAGCAAUGUAGCAUUAUAUAAAAGGCAACAAGACUACGAGAGUGAUUGAAGUGAAAUAAAAUGUCAGUGAAUAUUCAAAUAUUGAUUAAUGUGAACAUAACUUCUCAAAUGUAAAGUAGAUCAGCGCUUUAGGCUGAUUUCACAUUUGUCGUACGAUGAAUUUUUCAAGCAGAGAGAGAAGUUUUUUUAAAUCUUACAGCCAAUCUAUACGCUUGAAAAACUUAUCGUAUGACAAAUAUAAUAAUACCUUUGCAGUAGUGCUAUUUAUAAAUAGUCUAACACAUAUACCUUUAAUAUUAUAUAUAUAUAUACGGUGAUCACACAGAUAUAUAAACUAAAUAGAUAGUUGUACAUAAGCAUACAAAGAUAACGAUUGUAUGUAUCUGAGCGAGGUCAAUGAAUUAUUUAAAAUUGUAUUUUCUAAAAAAUGAAAGGUGUUGGGCAAUGUAAAGGUGACAUCUCCUUUAAAUUAACAUUUAGAGGAACAGUACUUUUUAAUAAUUAUAUUACAUGGGUAAUACUUUCUACAUCCUUCCUUAUAUGGUAAGAGAAUGAAGAAAGCAGAAAUGGUUAACAUAACUUUUUUUGUCUACAUUACUAGUGUUAUCUAACUUUAAUUAACCUAUUAAAGAAUAUUAUUUUGGAAUUUUAUAUUACAGUAGAAUAAAAAA